AUGUCUGGCAACGACAACCCUGGAAACUUUGCCAAUCGCCCUAAGGAGGAGGUCAAAGCUGCCGCGCAGAAGGGCGGAGAGCAUUCUCACAGCGGAGGUUUCGCGUCCAUGGACGCCGAUAAGCAACAUGACAUCGCCUCCAAGGGCGGCAAGGCUUCAUCCGGUAGCUUCGAGCCCGGCAGCGAGAAGGCCAAGGAGGCUGGCAGGAAGGGUGGACAGUCGUCUUAA